AUGAUAGCCAGAGGUGAGUUGGCAGAUUUUCUCACGACAAAGAAGUAUAUAAAGCCCCGCGAGGUCAACCUUCGUAAAGUAGAGGGUAAUAAAGUAAAAGUCAUUCACGCAAUACAUGGCAGAUCUGAAGAUGAUCAAGAGUCUGAGGUGGUAUACAGAUCCAGAUUGAGGGCAGCCCAUAAGCUCAGAAAGUUAUCCUCGGUCAAUGUUAUCGCUUCGGGCAGCAUCAGUAUUGGAUUUGACAAUGGCGACCUAUCCAGAGUUCAAAUUCCCUACGAGGAUCCAUUGGUUAUCAAUCUCUUAGUGGCGAAUUGCGUGAUUAAGAGGGUUUUGAUAGACCCAGGGAGCAGUGCCAACAUCAUCACGAAGGCGGUCUUUGAGCAGCUCGAGAUCCCGUCAUCAUCAAUUCGAUCUACUUCUAGCCUGUUGAUGGGGUUCGAUGGCAUAAAAGUAGAUCCCUUUGGGGUAAUUGUCUUAUUCAUAACUGCGGUAAAGAGGACUCUGAAGGAGAACUUUGUCUUAACAGAGAUCCACCCUUCCUAUAAUCUCAUCAUGGGAAGAGGCUGGAUACACCGAAUGAAUGGAGUCCCGUCCACCCUUCAUCAAGUGAUGCGGUGCUUGUCUUCGGAUGGAAAAGAUGUUAUUAAUCUAUGGGGAGAUCAAGUCGCUGCGAAAGAAUGCUAUAUGUUGACCCAGGCUGAAGCAAAGAAGAUGCCUAAACAACCUCAACCAAGCAUGACUCCCAGAAAUACACCUAAAUAG